UUGUAUGAGUAAGCUAAUCCAUGACGUAAGGCCCCUCGAGAGACUAUGAGUCACCAUCUCCAUGGAGAAUUCAGCCAUACAAAUCUAUAUAUUAAAAUGUUAACAUAUAAGUGUCGUUAGCUAUCUUUUAAACAUGUACUACAAAAAUACAAAAAUAUAUAGUUUAAUGAAAGGAGAACUUUUUACACCUGUGAGAGAGUACUGAAUAUCUCCUCUUCUCAUGUAGUUUACACUUACAACCAAACAACAUAUUUAUUGUCAUCCAAUCUUUCAUUUUGGCUGGCAGAGUUUGAGUUUGAGUUUGAGACAAAUCAAUGGAAAGCAGCAGUUCCGGUUGGUGGUGGCUCUCCCUCAUCCUUCUCGCUCUUUUCUUCGUCCCUUUCUUUCUUCUCAAAUUCAUUCCCAAAAAAAACCCAAAACUCCCACCCGGACCUCUCACCCUUCCCAUAAUCGGCAACCUCUUCUUUCUCCGUAAAACCUUCUUCCAGCUCGAGCCCGUCCUCCGCAGCCUCCACGCUAAGUACGGCCCCGUUAUCUCUCUCAGCAUCGGCUCCCACCGUACCGUCAUCAUCGCCGACCGUGUCUUCGCCCACCAAGCUCUCAUCCAUAACGGUGCCGCCUUCGCUGACCGCCCUCCCGCCCCACCCACCACUAGAAUCUUCAACGGCAACCAGCUUAACAUCAGCUCCGCCAGGUACGGCCCCACCUGGCGCCUCCUCCGCCGCAACAUCACUUCAGAGAUCCUCCACCCUUCGCGGGUCAAGUCCUAUUCCCGCGCUCGCAAAUGGGUUCUCGAUAUUCUCCUCAAACGGCUCGAAUCCGAUGAUCAAGGCAGCGGCGCCGUCGGCGUCCGGGUAGUGGAUCACUUCCAGUACGCCAUGUUUUGCCUCUUGGUUUUGAUGUGCUUUGGAGACAAGCUUGAGGAGUCGAAGAUCAAAGAAAUCAAGACCCUUCAACGUCGCAUGAUGAUGGCCUUCUCAGGCUUCAACUUACUCAACCUCUGCCCCAGUUUGACCAAGAUUCUUUUCAGAAAACGGUGGCAGAAGUUGUUUCAGCUCCGCAAGGAACAACAUGCGGUUCUGGUCCCCCUCAUAAAUUCCCGGAAGAAGGUCAAGGAAACCAAGGUUGCUGCAGAUCAUGAUGAUGAUUUCGUGCUUUGCUAUGUGGAUACCUUACUGGGUCUGGAGCUACCAGAGAAGAAAAGGAAGCUUGAAACAGGAGAAAUGGUGAGCUUGUGCUCAGAAUUUCUUAACGGGGGCACGGACACGACCUCCACGGCACUGCAGUGGAUCAUGGCCAACGUAGUGAAACAUCCUGAGAUUCAAGAGAAGCUGUAUCAGGAGAUAAAAGGGGUGGUACUAGUACAAAAAGGGAAUGGGAUUGAAGAAGAUGAUUUACAGAAGAUGCCGUAUUUGAAAGCUGUGAUACUGGAAGGGCUGCGGCGUCACCCGCCAGCGCACUUCGUGUUGCCGCACGCGGUGAGUGAUGACGUGGUGGUGGGUGGACAUUUGGUGCCGAAGAAUGGAAGCGUCAACUUCAUGGUGGCGGAGAUGGGAUUGGACCCCAAGGUGUGGGAGGAUCCCAUGGCGUUCAAGCCGGAGAGAUUUAUGAUUGGUAAUGAUAAGGUGGAGUUUGAUAUAAAGGGGAAUAGGGAGAUCAAGAUGAUGCCUUUUGGGGCCGGGAGGAGGAUAUGUCCUGCCUCUGCUCUGGCCAUGCUUCACUUGGAGUAUUUUGUGGCCAAUUUGGUUUGGAAGUUUGAGUGGAAUAAGGCUGAUGAUGUUGAUUUAUCGGAGGUGCAUGAGUUCACCAUCGUUAUGAAGAAUCCUUUGCGUGCGCGCUUGACUCCAAGGCACUAGGAUUGGACGACUACAUGCUUGGUUUGGCUGUGUUUCAAGUCAACUUUGAAUAAUGUAAAUUAUUAAGUUUCAUACAAAUCGUGUAAAUGUUUUGCUCUGUUGUGGUGGAGAAUUAAUGAAGGCUUUUCAUUUCUUA